CGGUAUCGCUCACCAUCAGACAACGGGAGUCACCGGCGCUGAACACACUCAGUUUUUCUCACCCGACACAAACGUUGAACCGCUCGGUGAACCGCUGCCUUUCAGGAGGGUUGUGUCAGUGAACCGACAUGGUGGACCGAGUAGCUUUACUGCUGCUGGCUGUAGCGGCUUCGGCUCUGGCUGCCGAGGUGCCUACAGAUGUUUCGAUGGGUCUCUUGGCUGAGCCCCAGGUGGCCAUGUUUUGCGGUAAACUCAACAUGCACAUCAACGUGCAGAGCGGCAAGUGGGAGCCGGACCCCUCGGGCACCAAGAGCUGCAUCGCCACCAAGGAGGGCAUCCUGCAGUACUGCCAGGAGGUGUACCCAGAGCUCCAGAUUACCAAUGUUGUGGAGGCCAACCAGCCAGUCAGCAUCCAGAACUGGUGCAAGAAGGGCCGCAAGCAGUGUCGCAGUCACCUGCACAUUGUGGUGCCCUACCGCUGCCUGGUAGGAGAGUUUGUGAGUGACGCCCUGCUCGUUCCUGACAAGUGCAAGUUCCUGCACCAAGAGCGCAUGGACCAGUGUGAGAGCCACCUGCACUGGCACACUGUUGCCAAGGAGUCCUGUGGCGACCGCACCAUGAACCUCCACGACUACGGGAUGCUGUUGCCAUGCGGCAUCGACCGUUUCCGCGGAGUGGAGUUUGUGUGCUGUCCCGCGGAGGCAGAGCGCGACGCCGACAGCGCCGAGCAGGAUGCUGAUGAUUCGGAUGUCUGGUGGGGUGGAGCGGAGACUGACUACUCUGACAACAGUAUGGUGCGGGAUCCGGAGCCAGUGGAGCAGCAAGAGGAAACCAGGCCAUCUGUGGUAGAGGAGGACGCGGACGCGGACGCGGAAGAGGAGGAGGAGGUGGCCGACGAGGAAGACGAGGAAGAGGAGGAGGAAGCGGACGCACUGGACAAUGACCAGGACGGAGACGGAGAGGAGGACGAGGAGGUGGUGGAGGAAGACGAGGAGGAGGAGGAAGAGGAGGAGGAGGGAGACGACGACAUCAUUGACACGCUCGGCGAUGACGCCGACGAGCCCACCACCAACGUUGCCAUGACAACCACCACCACCACCACCACCACCGAGUCUGUGGAAGAGGUUGUCAAGGAUGUGUGCUGGGCCAACGCAGAGACUGGUCCAUGCCGGGCCAUGCUGCCCCGCUGGUACUUUGACCACCAGGAGGGCCGCUGUGCUCAGUUUAUCUACGGCGGCUGCGGAGGCAACAGGAAUAACUUUGAGUCAGAGGAGUACUGCCUGUCUGUCUGCAGCAGCGUCAUACCCACAGCCAUGCCCAGCUCCCCUGACGCCGUGGACCACUACCUGGAGACACCUGCUGAUGAAAACGAACACGCCCACUUCCAGAAGGCCAAAGAGAGCCUGGAGGCCAAGCACCGCGAGAGGAUGUCACAGGUGAUGAGAGAGUGGGAGGAGGCUGAAAGGGAGGCUAAGAAUCUUCCCCGCGCUGACAAGAAGGCCGUCAUCCAGCGUUUCCAGGAGAAGGUGGAGGCGCUGGAGCAGGAAGCGGCCAGCGAACGGCAGCAGCUGGUGGAGACCCACAUGGCCCGGGUGGAGGCUCUGCUCAACGACCGCCGCCGCCUGGCUCUGGAGAGCUACCUGACCGCACUGCAGCAGGACCCACCCAGGCCUCGCCAUGUCUUCAGCCUGUUGAAGAAGUACGUGCGUGCAGAGCAGAAGGACAGGCAGCACACCCUUAAACACUUCGAACACGUCCGCAUGGUGGAUCCCAAGAAGGCUGCGCAGAUCAGACCUCAGGUACUGACCCACCUGCGUGUCAUUGAGGAGCGUAUGAACCAGUCCCUGGGACUUCUCUACAAGGUGCCCGGUGUGGCUGACGACAUCCAGGACCAAGUUGAGCUCCUGCAGAGGGAGCAGGCGGAGAUGGCCCAGCAGCUGGCCAACCUGCAGACGGAUGUGAGGAUGAGCUACGGCAAUGAUGCCCUGAUGCCCGACCAGGAGCUGGGAGACGGCCAGACCGACCUGUUGCCCCGGGAGGAAACUCUGGGCCUGGGGGGAGUCGGCUUCAUCCACCCUGAGAGCUUCAACCAGCCCAACACUGAGAACCAAGUUGAGCCAGUGGACUCUCGCCCCAAUCUCGACAGAGGCAUUCCCACACGGCCAGUGACUGGAAUGAAGAUGGAACCUAUUCCUGAGCUGAGGAUGGAGACGGAGGACAGACAGAGCACUGAAUAUGAAGUUCACCACCAGAAACUGGUCUUCUUCGCGGAGGACGUGGGCUCCAACAAGGGCGCCAUCAUCGGCCUUAUGGUCGGAGGCGUCGUCAUAGCAACCGUGAUCGUCAUCACCUUGGUGAUGCUGAGGAAGAAGCAGUACACCUCCAUCCACCACGGAGUCAUCGAGGUGGACGCUGCCGUCACCCCCGAGGAGCGCCACCUGUCUAAGAUGCAGCAGAACGGCUACGAGAACCCAACCUACAAGUUCUUUGAGCAGAUGCAGAACUGAGGAGAAUGUCACACGUCCACAUACACAUAUACACACACACAAACAUUUCCUCCCACACAUUAAGCACCUCCCCCUCCCUCUCCCCCCACCCCCCACCCCCACCCCACCGACUAGUCCAAAAAAAGGCAGUGCGGCUUAGGUCAUUUGCGUGACCGAAAUAGUCGGUUACGAGCGUACGGAGCGACUGUAGCCGGGGUUUCCUUUCGCUGCUGCCUGGGCGGACACCGUGGCCGAGCCGGUUUGCACCAAGUUUGUUAACUUUAUCGGAGCAAGGCGCCUUUUAAUUAAAGGAAGGCGUUUUUCUAUACGUCGCUCCACCCCUGGGCCUGCUGAUGUAUGUCAAAAAGGCCCCGCCCAGUGCAUCGAAACAAACCCACUCUGGGGGAAAGAAGCGUGCUCUCUCCACACUGAUUCAGGGCCAGUGUAUAGUUGGGGUUUUUUUUUUUUUGGCUUGGGAUGGUUUUAGGUGUGGACUUGUGUACGCAAAUCUGACCACUGAUCAGUAGGAUUUCCGGCGCGCGCUGACCUGGGCUUCAUUUACAGAAAUUGAGUUGCAGUAUCAUCAAAAUCAAUUUAAAUCAUGACUCGACAUGUGGACGUAUUCGUUUGUUUCUAGCAUAUUCUUUGUAAUGAUUAUAGAAUGAAAAUCAAGCAACGUGACCUUUUUAUAAAUGAAGCCCAGUGCUUCCCCACCAACUGCACCACUACUGCACUCACUCUACAGUCUACACUGGAGUAUAAGCCUCCCCUCCCUCCCCUCCUCCACCCCCAUCCCUCCCUCCAUCCAUCCUCUUUUUCUUUUGCGCAUUCUUACGACAGCUGGGCUGUGCUAAGUCACACAAGGCUCUUAAAGGAUAUCUGGAGACGCUGAUGAUAAUGAAUAUGUUGACGACGAUGGUAGUAAUUAUGUAUUCCGAAUGACGAGCUGUUUUUACUUUGGAGUUUUUCUCUUUUUGUUUCCAGUUUUGUUUUUCAAAAAAGAGUGAAAAUGGAGAAAAAAAACCAACCAGGUCAACUGAUGUAAAGUCCCUUUUUUUAAAUUGCGUGUAAUGUUACUGACGUAAUGCUGAAGUCUUAGCUGUUCCUAUGUAGUGCAUGACAACAAUGACAACCGGAUUUGGAAGAAAAAAAAAAACCAAGAUCUUAUCGCUGCUCUCUCUCGAGAUCCUUUCUCACGUAUAGAUUGUCAUUCUAGCAAGAUUGUACAUUUAGUAUCUUCUCGUGAUCACGUGACUUCAAACAAUGAAAAAUAUAUAUAAGUCUAGAUGAACGGGCUCUGCUUUGAUAUCAUGUAAAAUACACAUUUAAAAGAGAUCUGUGAUUUUAGAAUUUAAGUGUGUUCCUCAUUUCUUGUCAUUUUUAUUUUUAUGCGACGUUCCUGAAGCUCCAGGAGGGGGGAUUCAUCUCUGUUUGUACAUUAUUCUCAUCAACUGAAAUAUAUUGUGUUGAAAAUCACCCCCUUUCAUUUUUGCUUCUUUUUUAAAUUUUUAUUAUGUUUGAUCAUUGUCGUUGUGUUUGUCGAAAAGGGCAUGUUGUGGGCGUGAAGGUUACAGAGAGCGGGAAGGGAAAACUAGGAGGAAUCCAGUAUGGGGGAUGGGUUAGGAUUAUCUCUGCCUGUAUGUGUUUUGUCAUUUUCAGUCUGGUGUUUCGUCCAGUUGUAAGGUGACGCCGUCUACUUUUUUUUUUUUUUUUUUUUUUGAUUUUGUAAUCAUUUUGCUGUCUGCUGAUAGAACAGGAGUGCUGAGAGGAGGAGGAGGAGGAAGGAGGGCAAGGUAGAGAGGAAAUGACUUGCAGUUCCAGAUGGAUAGCCAGCCAGGCAGGCAGUCUGUAUAUAUAAUGGAUUUUCACUCCCUCCCUCCCCCCCCCGCAGCACCUCCCUUCCUUCCUUCCUUCCUUCCCUCCCUCCCUCUUUCGCCUUCACUCCCCCCUCAGGCAUGCUGCUCACCUCUCUGCCAUCAACGCACACUUGACUCCUCAGAGGCAGAGCACUGUAGUCUGCACAGAGAUAUGAUAGGCGCACACGGAAAGAAACGCAGCGUGACCUCUCACUCUGUUAUUAAAUCUAACGGCGAGUAAGAUCUACGUGGGAAUGGGGAGUGAAAUGUACAUACGGAGGCUGCAGCUGGGUGGGUGUUUGGUUUUCAGAGGGUGCUCAUUAGAAGCCCAACAGAGGGCAGUAGAGUAGAAGAGGAAGCAGGAUUUUCUUUCUAUCGUUUUUCUGUGGAUUAUAUAUUGGUUUUGUUUUCCACUGUGUAAUAUUGUGCAGGCCAUUUGCAUUGACUUGGAAAACGCUUUCUACACUGUAUUCCAUAAUAAAGUUUUGAAUGUACAUACA